CAAAAUUCCCGCUAAAUACUAAGAUGUGUUUAUCGGUUUUGCGCGGUCUCUAGUGUCAGUUACCGUAAUUUCAAAUUGCAAAUAAAAAGCAAUAUCAAGAACACGCAUUCCAACAAAUAAAUACCGACGUUUGUUAAAUAUGUCUCAACAAAAUGCAGACCAUAAAGAGAAAAAGAGGAAAGAAAGUAUAUUAGAUUUAUCAAAGUAUCUUGAAAAAAAUAUACGAGUUAAAUUCGCCGGUGGCAGAGAAGCCGCUGGAAUUUUGAAAGGUUAUGAUCCAUUGUUGAACCUCGUUCUUGACAAUACCACCGAGUAUCUACGAGAUCCUGAUGAUCCGUAUAAACUUAACCAAGACACCAGGAUGCUGGGAUUAGUUGUAUGCAGAGGUACUUCUGUUGUAUUGAUUUGUCCCGUUGACGGGAUGGAAUCUAUACCAAAUCCAUUUAUACAACAAGACAGUUAAACUUGUAAUUUAUUUAAUUAUUAUUUGUUUUUCCAACACGCCAAUAAAUGAUUUAUUAU